UUAGCGAACCGCAGGAUUUUACUGUCUCUGCCGCAACAGGCAAGUUAUUUAAAUUCAAUGCCAUCAUGGAGGUAGAAAAACAUGCUGUCCUGCAGUUCAGCAACCAUGGUCAUGCCCUAACAAAGCAAGCAAUCCUUCCUAAAGACAGAUUGGUGGAGGAACCCAAGCAUGAAAAUGUGCCAAACCAUUUACUGGAAACAAAGAUCUAUAGCACAUUACAGAGAAACAAAUCAAUUAAGGCUAUCCCUGCUGUGCUACAUUUUGGAGGCUAUGAGAUAGGAAAACAUCACCAACAGAAUCUGAAACUGGUCAAUAUUUCUUCAGUAGUGACAAAUGUUCACAUUCUACCUCCUCAGACAAAACACUUCCAAAUCAAAUAUACCAAAAAGAAUCAUUUGGUCCCUGGAAUGUCAUUUAUUGUUUCAGUUGAUUUCUGCCCUAAUGAAUGGCGAUAUUACUAUGAUAGUGUUCGCAUUCAUUGUAAGGAAGAUGAAACACUGCUUAUUCCUAUACAUGCUUAUCCUGUUGCAAAUGUAGUGGAUUUUCCUGCUCACUUAAAUAUAAAUGAUGUCCCUCUUGGACAAAGCAAAGACAUCAUCAUUCCUUUGCGGUGUAGCUGCCCAGUUGAUUUUGAGUUUCAGUUAAAUUGUCCACAACUGCAUCAUGCAUUCAAAAUUCAGCCUACAUCAGGAAUAAUACCAGCUAAUGAACAAAUUGACAUUGUUGUCACAUAUACACCUUCUGACCGUGCUACAGCUCAAAGUAAGGUACAGCUCAUCAUUUCAGAGUUUAACUCAAAGCCCUACAUUUGUACUAUCACUGGGAUUUACUCUCCAGGCCUUGAAUUUAGGCCUCAAGCUGAAUAUGAAGAAACUAAAGACACCGUUACAAGAAAAUUAUUGGACCCCCAGAGUAUUUCACCAAUGCACAUUUCAAGAAAAAAGAGACAUCAGAAACAUGUAUUGGAUCAUACCUCUGGAAAAUUAAAGGACACAAAGUUUCCAGCCGAUUUGUCCAAUCCACAUGCUGUAGCCCUUGUAUUAAACCAGAAACCUGGCAAAUUACGAAUUAAAGAUCUGCGAGAGGCAUUGGCUAACAUUCAAGGGGCAUCACAAGGCAGACAGGCAAAGGAAGCAAUAUUUAAUCAAAAGGUCAACAAUAAUGUUAUGUUGGAGCAAGCUAACCAAUUACAAUGGCAGUCGCACCUUGGUAGAGAUCCCAUUUCUCCUAAAGCUAAGCAGUUGAUUCUGGAAAAUAGACAACUAGCGGAUGAAGAGUACAAGAUUUACCUGGAUGUCCAUGUACCAGAAAAGGAAUGUCAAAGACAGAAAACAAAGAUUUCAUUGACCCGUGUCCUCCGAUCUGUUGGACAGUUUCCAAGUUGCACCCCGGAAUUUGAUCCUUAUUCAAAUGAUCCCUGGGAAGUUCGUAAUAGAGCUCUCAAACAUUUUCAACUAGCUGCAAGAAAGGUUAUCAUACAAUGCCGAGUAAAUCACAGAUUGACUUUAUUGCGAAAACUUGUUGAAAGUCUCAAAACUCAAACAGAAAGUUUAAUCAAUUUCAACGAGAGCAGCAUAGUCACCAUUGAUUGUUCAGAUCAGGAAACUGAAAAGUAUCAUGCAAGUCUUUCCAUGGAAAAACUUCUACCUUUUACAUUCCCUUAUUAUGUUUCUCCUGACUGGAGUGAUGAAUUAGCUGCUGAUGGACUUGGAUCUGUGCCUGUCAAACCUUCAGAAAUAACGAUCAAUCGAGUGGUACCAUACUUCACCCUAAAGGCUUUUCAUCGUUAUAAGAUAAUGGAUUAUGAACCAUAUUCUACUCAGUAUUCUUCAUCCAGAUAUGUUCCAUUAACUUUGGCACGGCCCCUCAGGACAGGAGCAGAGGUAAUCUUUAGUUUAGCAUACAUCUUGGGAAUAUAA